AUGGAUAGAACUAAGAUCAUCAGUGACAGUCAGAGAGUUGCAACGCCUAGAAGGAGUCUAGAUUUAGACUCAAUCAUGGUUGGCAUCGAGGAAUACCUGAAUGAGAUCGAUGCUAAUGAGGGCGAAGAGAUCAAAGUGAACAUUGUUAAGGACGAGGAUGAGGACUCAGUAUCUGCUGAAAAAAUUGUCGAAGAUGAAAACGAGGCUGAGAUUGCCUUGGAGAGAGAGACAGCUAUAAGAGAAAGAGACCAUUCUGCAAGUGCAAGACCGAAGAAGAUGCUGAGCGACUCAGAAGGCCCUUUUACUGCCGCAAACAAAGCAGAAAAAUUUGAGAGUUCUGAAGAGGCUAUUCGGAAAGUUGAAAAUAAGAAUUCAGCGACUGAGGACAAGGCUAAUACUGAAGCAGAAACAGCGCUGACAAAGAGCGCUGGGGACGUAAUCGUAGCUGAAACGGAAGCGAAUACUCCAGGUAAGACCGCGGGGCCUGUGUCAGAGCCAGUAAGCAGCAAGAUAGACGCUCGGGACGCACUGGACAUAGAGCCCCAGGAGCAAAAGGCGCAAGAAGCAGCAGCAGCAGAUGCUGCUGUCGAAGACAAAGAAAAGAGCCCUGUUGCACAGACAAUAACCGAGAGUGACAAAGACAUAGACGCGGAGCAGAUGGGAAAAGCAGAUGCACCAAACAGUACAGCGUCAAAAGAACAAGAAGGCGGAGCCAAAGAUUCCGCGGCAGAGAACAAGCCCGAGAACAUUGUUGAAGAUGAAGCCGAUGAAUACAAAGCCGAAUUGAAUGCUGAAUUUAAGAGUCAGACGGUAAAAUCUGUCUCGGAAAUUAGCAGUGAUGCCGGUACAAAAAUCUCAACAGAGAUAGUGAAGGCCUCCGACAUUGUUGGGGACAAAGAUGAAGACAUUGCUGAAUGUAAAGAUGACGCUGUUGACCUGCCUGCAGCCCGAGACACAAAUAGUCAGGUGUCAAGCAGAGAAGUAGAAGAUGCGGCACCGAUAAAAGACUUAAAGGACGAACAAGUCGAAGACGAACCGGAACACAACGCUGCAAAUUUGUCGGAAAAGGAGGAACACGUGAAGACGCAAGGUCCGAAGACUCCAAUCCCAGAACUUAUCGAGCAGAAAGACAGGACAGACGAUGACAUCGAAGGCAAGCUAAAUGGCUCCAAGGAAAACGCGGAGAACACCACUGUAGAACCGCAGAGCAUCCUCGAUCAGGAAACCGAAGAGCUUCUCAAGCAACUAGAGACGAUGGAAGCUUCCACUACCAACACUGCAACCAGAGCGGAAAUACGUGCCAUCAACGAAAGGCAACCGAUCUACAUCUACACCUCUCUCGCAGGCGGCGGCUUCCACAUGAUCCCGCGCACAAACCGGCUGGCAACCAUCCUCACGGCAAACCGAAUCGCCUUCGAAUACCGGGAUCUCGGAACUGACGCCGAAGCGAGAUCUGUCUGGAGAUCUUUUGCCGGGGGCAGAACUCUUCCUGGCGUGGUGCGUGGGCGCGAUGACGUAAUCGGUAAUUGGGAGAACGUCGAAGAUGCCAAUGAAAAUUACGCACUCAGGGAACUUCUAUACGACUCAUUAUGA